AUGGUCCCCGAGUCAGAGACGAAGACUAACGGCGAUGCUAAUUCCGACGAAGAGAGCGGGAGCGAUGAGGAUGAGGAUAGCGGGGAGGAAGAAGGGGAGGAGGGCGCGCAAACAAACGGCGAUGACAAGGAUGAGGCCAAGACAAAUGGAGAGACCAAAGUUAAUGGUGAAACCAACGGUGAAGCCAACGGUGAAGCCGGUGAGCCGGAGGACUUGACCAUGAAGUGCGAGAUCAAGCACCUCGACAAGCGGUAUGACGAUGACGACGAGACGUACUUUUGCGAGCGCAAGACCGAGGUCCAGAAGCCGAAGCAAAAGGACUGGUGGCGCAUGUUUGCGUUCUGCCUCGUCCGCGUCUACGACUCUGAUGGCGAGCUGGAGGACACCACGCUCUACGUCAACCCGCAGCCAUUACGCCAGCUGCUCUUCGACAUUAUCGGUGCCUAUCCCGGCGACCCAAUCGAUGUGGACGACGUCAAAAUCGCCGCGCCAUACCACUCGCUCUUCUACUAUCGCAAGCAGCUUGAGGAGGAAGGCGCCAAGCGUUUCGCUGAUGACACCGAGUCCCUUGACCAGCUCAAGCUUCUCAGUAACUGGAUCAACACCCACUUUGAGCUCGACAUCGCUGCUUACGACCGGUGCGUCACGCAAGGGCAAAAGGUGAUCCACUACGACCGACUCUGGACUCUGUUCCCCCCCGGAACUAUCGCGUACUGCAAGCUGCUCUCGCAAAACCGCGCUUUCCGCGUCAACGACGCCUACUAUGAUAAUAACGAGGUCAACCCGGGUCUCACCUUGCAAAGUGAAUUCAUCGACUUCGAUGGCGACCGCCUGGGUACGCGAAUUCUCGAGCUGGGCGUGCCCAAAUUUUCCGGCACCCGUGAGCUCAACGACCUCAACAUCGUGCCAAUCGACCUGCUUGGCGACGCUGCGGACGUGCGUGAGGAAUUGCUCGCGCGGGGCCGCAGAUUCGAGGGCUACAUUGGCCAGCACUACCUCGCAUACGACGGGAUUGCGAUUAAGAAGACACCUGAAGGGUACGCGCGAUUUACGGUCAACGGGCGAGUCAUGAUUGAUUGCAAGACAGCGCACCGGCUGGAGCCGAACACGGCGUUCUUUGUCAAGAGCCUGACCAACGAGCCAUCCAAGAUGGAGCGCAGCCGGAAGCGGGCACAGGCAGACCUGACGUUUGCCGGGGCGGACGGCAAGAAAAAGUUCGACAAGCUGUCGGAUGACAAUGCGAUGCUGACCAACGCAACGGUGCGCGGCUACUCGUUCACCACGAAGCAGUUCCUCGAGUUCUUCGUGGAGGACCUAGCAGAGAUAGAGUGGAACAGCAAAUGCUUUGAUGAGCUGGUGCUGGACCCGGCGAUCAAGAAGACGGUACAGGCGCUGGUGUCGAUGCACUCCCAGAAACGUGAGAGUUUUGACGACAUCGUCAAGGGGAAGGGCAUGGGGCUGGUGUGUGUGCUGCACGGCCCGCCGGGCGUGGGCAAGACGUUGACGGCAGAGUUCGGGACUUGCAGCGCUGAUCUGGACCGCAACCUGACCCGAAUUAUGGACAUGACCGCCACAUGGCGCGCCGUUCUGCUUGUCGACGAAGCCGAUGUCUUCCUCGAGCGGCGUUCGCUGCACGACCUCCACCGCAACGCCAUGGUCAGCGUCUUCUUGCGGGUGCUCGAGUACUACUCGGGCAUUCUCUUCCUCACCACCAAUCGUGUAACCACGUUCGACGAUGCCUUCAAGUCCCGUAUCCACAUUCCCAUCCGCUACACGGAUCUAUCCAUCGAGUCACGGCGGCAGAUCUGGCGUAACUUUUGCGGCAUGGUUCCCGGUGGUGUGGAUAUCGAUGAGAAGGGUCUGAGCCAGCUGGCCGAGACGGAUCUCAAUGGGCGGCAGAUCAAGAAUGCCAUUAAGGCGGCCGAGAGCUUGGCGGCGUUUGAUGGAGCCAAGCUGGACCUGAAGCAGUUGCUGCAGAUUACCAAGAUCCAGGCCAUGUUUGAGAGCGAUUUGACCAGCUUGAGCGGGGUAGAUUACACGGCGCCCGGGUCUAGCCGCAAGGAUGCGGAUAGCCGGAACAUGUUCCUCUGA